AGAACACAGACUACACGGUAAAGAUACAUACCAAUAUCUUUAAAAACAACAGAUGUCACAUGAUAACAACCUUUCUGAGAAAAAGCUAAUCUGUGAUAUAUACAUACAUGUAGUGUUUUCAUCUAGUAUAGGUGCAUAUAUUUGAUAUAACUACUUUUAUUAAUAGCUCCACAUGCGAAAUGGCUGGUUCUACUCCUUCAUCAUUAAAACUGUAUGUGCGUGCAACUUUAGCAAUUGCCAGCGCUACUGCGUUAGGUGAUUUCAUAUGCCAAAGAAUGGGGCAUGACGACGGGAAAUGGGUAUGGGAUAAACAUAGAACAGGCAGGAUGUUCGCUGUGGGUAUGUUUAUGGGUCCACUUUCGCAAAAAUUCCAUACUACGAUCGAGCUAGUGCUGCCAGGAAAUUCCAAUAGACGGGUGAUGGAGAAAGUAUUUGUGAACACUCUCACAGGCCCUCUGUUUAUCAGUGCAAACUUCACUGUGAACACCCUUUUGCAAGGCAAGACAAUGUCCGAUGCAAAAGACAGGAUCAUAAAUGAUGUCCCCGGUACCUUUGCGCGGGGUACUCUUUACUGGCCCAUCAUUUCAGGGCUGCAGUUCAAACUAGUACUCUUGCAGUAUAGGCCGAUUUUCGGCAGUAUGGCCACAGUGCUCUGGAAUACCUACCUGUCAAGUGUGGGUAAUAAGGCUGAGAUCGAGAUCGUCGAUCCGGCACAUAUUAUAGAUAAUCUGAGCGUAAGCGCGGCGCGCCGUAUGUCAACGGAAGCUGUCUAUCGCGAGCAUGGGGUAUGGGGCGACGAUGAUUAGGCAACCAAAUGUUAUUAGGUAUAUAUACUCUAUAUAUCUACGUGUGUGUGUUACAAAGCAUACUUUAUACCUACCGGCCGAGUGUAGGUGAUACGGCCGAGAUAGAGACCCUUGAUCCGGCACAUAUCAUGGGUUAUCGGAAUGCUCGUGCGGUACAGCGUAUGGUAUUGACUUGAGCAAUGGUCUUGAGGCUCUACUAUGAUUGGACAAGCAAGUGUUAGUGGGUUGAUACGUCACUUUGUACUUGCAUCCAUGUAUUCACAUGCGUGCAACGUUGUCGGUUGCUAUAUGACGAUAGAGGAGUACGGAUCUGACAUACACUGCUGAACCAGAGUAUGGUUUGGAUUUUUGCAUAUGAUGCUUGUAUAUUGGCUUGUCCGUACACAAACACAAUGGUGUGUAAUGGUUACAGGCAAAUGCCUGUGGUGAUAUGGAUCUACGAUAGCAAUACCCGUGUAGAGGGCAUGGGCAACAACUAUCUGUAGGUUUAAAUAGGAC